CAUCCUACUUAACGGCGCGCGAGGCGGCGCAGCGUCUCGAGCUCGAGCCGUCGGGGCGUCGGACGCGAGGAGGAGGAGAGCAUGUAUGGAGCGCAGGGGGGUCUGAACAUCCACCUGGGACGUACGCAGCCCGCGCCGGCGCCGCGCCUCCGUCCUUGAUGGGAAACCACCUGGACCGGAUCACCCACCUGAGCUACAGCGAGCUGCCCACCGGAGACCCCUCGGGGGUGGAGAAGGACGAGCUGCGCGUCGGAGUCGCCUACUUCUUCUCGGACGAGGAGGAGGAGCUGGACGAGCGCCCCCCGUCGGACCCUUACGCGGAGCAGAGCCCCCCCCAGGAGGGGGGUCCCGUGCUGCCCGACGAGCUGCAGUACUCGGCCUUCUGCCGCCACGAGUGCAUCUUCUCGAAGCUGCGCGAGAACCAGGACCUGCACGUGUACCCGGCGCGCGCGCUGCUGGCCGCGUGCCGCCCCGGCGACCUGCUCGAGCUCGUGGCCUUAGACGAGCCCCCGCACUGGGCGGUGUACGAGCGCGACGGCCAGGUGAUCCACCUGUACGAGGGGGAGAUCCGCAGGGACGGGCUGCUGGAGGUGAGCGAGGGGCGCAUGGGCCGCGUGGCCAACGGCCGCUACCGGUACCGCGCGCUGCCGCCGGACCUGGUGGUGCAGAACGCGCGCGGCCACCUGGGGCUGCGCGCCCCCGACGUGUGCUGGACCAACUCGGAGAGCUUCGCCGCGUGGUGCCGCUUCGGCAAGCGGGAGUUCAAGGCGGGGGCGGAGGCGCGCGCGCCGGGCCAGCGCUACUUUCUCAAGGUGCACCUGUCCGCGAGCGACGUGCACACGCUCGUGUUCCACAGCCUCGAGGAGCUGAUCCGCGAGCGGCGCAAGGUGGACGCCAGCGGCAUCCUCAAGGAGCUGUCCCUGGUCGGCGGGAAGGAGUGACACCCCCACCCCCCCAACACACACACACACACAAACUCCCCCCAAACACGCGCGCGCACACACACACACACGACUAACGAACGAAAGGAGUGGGAAUGCGGAUUUGCGGGGGCGCGCACGCCUCGAGUCGGGGCGGAUCUUCGGUUCCUUCGGGUUCUUUUUUUUCCUUCCUUUUUGCUCCUGGAAGAUUUAUAAAAAUAAGACAUGAUUUGCUGAGCAUGGCGGUCGGGGACACCCCCACGACCCCCACCUCCGGACUUCUGCUCGCAACCUGGGGGAGGGUCCCCUGCCCCCCCCCCACCCCGCCCCCUCCCCUCUGUGCGCUCUGUCCUCUCGGUGUCUCCUGCUUUCUCUGAGUCCCUCAUUUAUUUACAGUGAUUUACUGUGAUUUACGGCACCACUGCUGCGUUCAGAGUCUGUUUUACCGGAUCAAACGGACCUCCCUCCCCC